UAAGAAGCCUCUACGCCUUGAGUGGCUUCGGUCGUUCCCUUGCAGCUUCCCCGAAAGAGAAACACAAGUGAGGAACAAUGAAGUGUGUGCUGUCGUUCCUGGUCGCAAUAUGCGUUGCGGUCCAGGCUUCCGUAGCCUACGAAUACAGCUACAUUGACCAACUGCGCAUGGCACGCACGCACGCUGACGGAGGUGACGCGACAGAAAUCUGUCGUCUUCCCAAGGAUGUAGGACCAUGUAAAGGAUACUUCCCCAAGUAUUAUUUUGAUGUGGAUCAAGGUCAAUGCAAGGAGUUCAUCUACGGCGGUUGUUACGGAAACCUCAAUAACUUCGACACGUACAACGAAUGUAAGAAGACUUGCGGAGGGUUCUCGUAA